AUGUUCGUGCUGGCCGGGGCGAUCAUGAACGCCUCGGGCAUCUCGCGCCGGCUGAUCGCGUUCGCUUCGGCGCUGCUCGGCUUCAUCAAGGGCGGGCUGGCGAUGAUCAACAUCGGCGUGUCGAUGUUCUUCGCCGAAAUCUCCGGCUCGGCGGUGGCGGACGUGGCGGCGACCGGCUCGAUCCUGAUCCCGGCGAUGAAGCGGCGCGGCUACCCCAAGGCCUUCGCCGCCGCCGUCACCUCCUCCUCGGCCUCGCUGGCGAUCAUCAUCCCGCCGUCGAUCCCGAUGAUCCUCUACGGCGUGAUGGCCGAUGCCUCGAUCGUGCAGCUCUUCGUCGCCGGCGUGGUGCCCGGCGUGCUGGGCGGCCUGGCGCUGAUGUCGAUCUCCUACGUGCUGGCGCGCCGGCUCGGCUGGCCGGUGGAGGAGGUCUUCCAGGUCGCGCGGGUCUGGACCACCUUCAAGGAGUCCUUCGCGGCGCUGUUCCUGCCGAUCAUCAUCCUCGGCUCGAUCUUCGGCGGCAUCGUCACCGCCACCGAGGGCGCCGGCCUGGCGGUGGUCGCGGCGCUGUUCAUCGGCGGCGUGGUCUACCGCGACCUCAACUGGUCCUUCCUGCGCGCCGCGCUGCUCGACGGCGCCAUGCAGACGGCGGUGGUCAUGCUGCUGGUCGCCGCCUCGGCGCUGGUCGGCGUCUAUCUGACCGAGCAGCAGUUGCCGCAGCAGCUCGCCCGCUGGGUGCUGUCGAUCACCCAGGAUCCCACCGCGAUCCUGGCCAUGCUCAACGUCUUCUUCCUGAUCAUCGGCCUGUUCCUGCACUCGGCGGCGGCGAUCAUCCUGGUGGUGCCGGUGGUGGUGCCGCUGAUCUCCAUGGUCGGCAUCGACCCGGUGCACUUCGGCCUGAUCGUCUGCCUCAACCUGGCGAUCGGCCAGCAGACCCCGCCGGUCGCCAGCGUGCUGAUCACCGCCUGCUCGAUCGCCCGGGCCAACGUCUGGGAGGUCAGCAAGGCGAACAUCUGGUUCGUCGGCGUGCUGCUGACGAUCCUGCUGCUGGUCACCUACGUGCCGGCGGUGCCGAUGACCCUGGUCGAGAUCUUCUACCGCUAA